CAGCGAGCGGCCGGGAGCGCGCGGCGGACUCGGCGGCGGCGGCGGGCGAGUAGUUAGUUAGUUGUUAGUCAGUGUCAGUUGCUCGGCGGCGGAGGCUGAGAUCAUCGGGAAAAAGACUGGACAGGCGGCGAUGGUGGUCACUGCGGCGGCGUGUGCGCCCCUCAGGAAAAGAAUAUUUGAGGUCCAUCUGUAAGGAAGGAAAAGGAAGCAACAACAUAACGCCUAGAGCUGGAGCCAGUUAAACCAGAGAAAAUAAAUUGGAGAAUGGGCCAGUUUUGAACAUACAUGUAAUCGGUGCCCAAAAGACAGAAAUAGUAAACAUUGCUGUCUUGGAGAAGUUAAGGAAUGAUAAGCCAGGAAGAAAGGACAUUCAUCUUAGAAAGACCCAAAGCACUUUGAAGUUUUAAAGGAAUAUAAUGCUAAUUGCUAAAACCAGAAUGGAUGGAAUUCUUCAUUUUUAAAUGAUUGAUCAUACUUGGAAGAGUUACUAUGAGCUUUCACACAUAGGGGAGGUGAAAACUAAUGGAUAGAAAUUUUGUCAUGCACUGAAAGAAAAGCAUUGUCUGUGAAGUUCUAUUUUUAAAAAUGUCUGCGUGUAACACCUUUACUGAACACGUUUGGAAACCUGGUGAAUGCAAGAAUUGCUUUAAACCUAAAAGCUUGCACCAGCUUCCCCCAGAUCCUGAGAAGGCACCCAUCACCCAUGGCAAUGUGAAAACUAAUGCCAAUCACAGUAACAAUCACCGCAUCAGGAACACCGGAAAUUUCCGGCCUCCUGUGGCUAAAAAACCCACUAUAGCUGUGAAACCCACUAUGAUGGUGGCAGAUGGACAAAGUGUAUGUGGUGAGCUUAGCAUCCAAGAACAGUGUGAGAACAAACCUGUCAUCAUAGGGUGGAACCGAAACAGAACUGCUUUGAAUCAGAAACCACUCAAUAAUAAUAAUGAAGAUGAUAUUGAAGGAUUUAGCCAUGUUCCUAAGCCUUAUGGCAAUAAUGAUAGUGCAAAGAAGGUAUCAAAUAACAAUAAUGGACUAACUGAAGUGUUAAAGGAGAUAGCAGGCUUGGAUACCAGCCCUCAGAUAAGAGAAAAUGAAACAAACUCCAGGGAAAUAUUCUUAGGAAGAAUAAAUGAUUGCUAUAAACGAUCACUGGAAAGAAAGCUUCCACCAAGUUGCAUGAUAGGUGGGAUAAAAGAUACUCAGGGCAAACAUGUUAUUCUCAGUGGGAGCGCAGAAGUGAUCAGCAAUGAAGGGGGCAGGUUCUGUUACCCAGAAUUUUCUAGUGGGGAGGAGAGUGAGGAGGAUGUACUUUUCGGUAACAUGGAGGAGGAGCAUGAGAGCUGGGAUGAGAGUGAUGAAGAGCUGUUGGCCAUGGAGAUUCGCAUGAGAGGACAACCUCGCUUUGCCAACUUUAGGGCAAACACUUUGUCUCCUGUUCGAUUCUUUGUGGACAAAAAAUGGAAUACCGUCCCCUUGAGAAAUAAGUCUCUGCAGAGAAUCUGUGCUGUAGACUACGAUGACAGCUAUGAUGAAAUCCUAAAUGGUUAUGAGGACAAUUCUGUGGUCUCUUAUGGACAAGGAAGCAUUCAGAGCAUGGUAUCAUCUGACUCUACAUCACCAGACUCUUCUUUAACAGAAGAGUCACGUUCUGAGACAGCCAGUAGUUUAUCCCAGAAGAUUUGCAAUGGGGGGAUGCCUCCUGGCAACCCAGGAGAUUCUAAGAACAAGAAGGAGGUUGAGCCCAAUUAUGAAAGUCUCUCUAGUAAUCAGGAGAAGGACUCAUCACAAGCAUCCAAAAACUCAGUAAAAGUUCCAGAGACGCACAAAGCAGUCCUUGCUCUCCGGUUAGAAGAAAAGGAUGGCAAGAUUGCUGUACAAACUGAGAAGCAGGAAAGUAAAACGUCUACAGAUAUUGCUGGGCAAGCAGUAACCAUAAACCUCAUCCCUGUAGAAGAGCAAGCAAAACCCUACCGAGUUGUGAAUCUGGAACAGCCAUUGUGCAAACCGUAUACUGUCGUGGAUGUGUCAGCAGCCAUGGCCAGUGAGCAUCUUGAGGGCCCUGUUAAUAGCCUCAGAACAAAAAGCUCAUCUUCUACUCCAAACUCUCCAGUGACAUCACCUGCAUUGACACCAGGACAAAUAAGUGCCCAUUUCCAAAAAUCUAGUGCAAUCCGAUACCAGGAAGUAUGGACUUCCAGCACCAGUCCACGACAAAAAAUACCUAAAGUGGAAUUAAUUACUGGUAAAACUGGACCAAAUGUCCCUCCAAGAAAAAACUGUCACAAAUCAGCACCUACUUCACCCACAGCUACAAAUAUUUCCUCCAAAACCAUUCCUGUUAAGUCACCUAAUUUGUCUGAAAUAAAAUUUAAUAGUUACAACAAUGCUGGUAUGCCACCUUUUCCAAUUAUCAUUCACGAUGAGCCGACUUAUGCUCGGAGUUCCAAAAAUGCUGUUAAAGUUCCCAUUGUUAUCAAUCCAAAUGCAUAUGACAAUCUAGCCAUCUACAAAAGUUUCCUGGGAACAAGUGGAGAACUCUCGGUGAAGGAAAAAACCACGAGUAUAAUAAGCCAUACUUACGAAGAAAUAGAAACUGAAAGCAAAGUGUCUGAUAACACCCCUAGCAAACCCAUUGAAUGUCACCAACCUAAAGGGGUUUCAAAUAGCACAGAGCGUAAAAGGGGCUCAGUGGCACAGAAAGUUCAAGAGUUUAACAACUGUCUCAACAGAGGUCAGUCUUCCCCACAGAGAAGCUAUAGUUCCAGCCACAGCUCCCCAGCAAAGAUGCAGAAAACCACUCAAGAGCCUAUAGCUAAAACAGAUAGCAGUCAGGAGUCUCAGAUGGUGGGCAGUGGUGGCGGCAGCAGCACCAGGGAGAAAGCAAGCACAGUGCUUUCUCAGAUUGUGGCUUCCAUUCAGCCCCCACCAUCUCCUCCAGAAACACCUCUGUCUGGCCCUAAAGUUUGCAGCAUGGAAGAGCUUUAUGCUGUUCCUCCAGAUGCCGAUGCUGCUAAAAUUACACCGAAGAGUACACCAGCCCGGCCCAAAUCGCUCUUCACAUCUCAGUCUAGUGGUGAGGCAGAAGUACCUCAGACCACCGAAAGUCCCACUCCCAAAGUACAGAAAGAUCCAUUCACAAAGCCAGUUACAUCCCCUCCCUCCAAAUUGGUGACUAGCCUCCAAAGUGAGACACCACCUCCCUUUCCUCCACCACGCUCUACCUCCUCCCCUUACCAUGCAAGUAACCUUUUGCAGAAGCAUUUCACCAACUGGACCAAGCCAACCAGCCCUGCCAGAUCAACGGAAGCUGAAGCAGUUUUGCAUUCUGAAGGUAGCAGGCGUGCAGCUGAUGCUAAACCUAAGCGAUGGAUAUCAUUUAAAAGCUUCUUCCGCCGUCGGAAAACAGAUGAAGAGGAUGACAAAGAGAAAGAGCGGGAGAAAGGGAAACUGGUGGGCCUAGAUGGCACAGUCAUCCACAUGCUGCCUCCUCCUCCAGUUCAGCGGCAUCACUGGUUCACAGAGGCAAAAGGAGAGUCCAGUGAGAAACCAGCCAUUGUCUUCAUGUACAGGUGUGACCCUGCCCAAAGCCAGCUCAAUGUGGAUCAGAGCAAGGCUGUAGCAGACCAGGCAACAGUCAUGGAGAAGGAUAGAACAGAGGGUGCAUUACUGCAGGAUUCAGAGAAGAAGAAAAGGAGUCAUUCUUCUCCAUCACAGAUAUCUAAAAAUAUUCUCAGUCACGUGACUCAUGAAGUGACAGAGGAUUUUUCUCCUCGGGAUCCAAAAUCUGUUGUGAAGCAAGAUGGUGGGGGCUGCCCUUCAAUCACACCAGCAUUGCCUCUGCCUGAACUGGAAAGGGAAGAGGAAAAAGAAGACGAUAUUUCAGAUCCUCUGAACCUGAAUCCCUGUAGUGCAACAUACAGCAACCUAGGGCAAUCUAGAGCAGCCAUGAUACCUCCCAAGCAUCCACGGCAGCCCAAGGGAGCUUUGGAUGAUACAGUUGCCUUUGGGGGAAAAACAGACCCAGAACCACCUAAUGCUUCCCAACCCACACCACCCCCACUGCCAAAGAAGAUGAUCAUAAGAGCCAAUACAGAACCAAUCUCCAAAGACCUCCAAAAAUCCAUGGAAAGUAGUCUAUGUGUCAUGGCUAAUCCCACCUAUGAUAUCGACCCCAACUGGGAUGCCAGCAGUGCUGGCUCUUCCAUCAGCUAUGAACUCAAGGGACUGGACAUUGAGUCUUACGACUCCUUGGAGAGACCUUUGCACAAAGAGAGACAUGUCCCGUCAGCAGCAAAUAGCAUCUCCAGCUUAACCACUCUCAGUAUUAAGGAUAGAUUUUCCAACAGCAUGGAAUCCUUGUCCAGCCGGCGUGGUCCCUCUUGUAGGCAAGGCCGAGGCAUUCAGAAGCCACAAAGACAAGCACUUUAUCGAGGACUCGAGAAUCGGGAGGAAGUGGUGGGUAAAAUCCGAAGCCUUCAUACAGAUGCCUUGAAGAAACUGGCCAUUAAAUGCGAAGACCUCUUCAUGGCAGGGCAGAAGGACCAGCUCCGUUUUGGAGUGGACAGUUGGUCAGACUUCAGGCUAACCAGCGACAAACCAUGUUGUGAGGCAGGUGAUGCAGUUUACUAUACUGCUUCAUAUGCAAAAGAUCCACUUAAUAACUAUGCAGUCAAGAUCUGUAAGAGCAAAGCUAAAGAAUCUCAACAGUAUUAUCAUAGCUUGGCUGUCCGUCAGAGUCUAGCUGUCCAUUUUAACAUCCAGCAGGACUGUGGUCAUUUUCUUGCUGAAGUCCCCAAUCGUCUGCUUCCCUGGGCAGCUCCUGAUGCCCCUGAAAAAGAAGAGGAUGAAAUGGAAGAGAGUGAAGAAGAAGCAAAAGGAGAAACUGAUGGGAAAAACCCAGAGCCCUGUUCUGAAGCAGAGUCAUCCCGGAAAGAGAGCCAGGGAGCCAUGAGCAAGAAACAGAGAAGCCACGUUGUGGUCAUUACCAGAGAGGUUCCCUAUCUCACUGUGGCUGAUUUUGUGCGAGACUCUCUGACCCAACAUGGGAAAAGCCCUGAUGUGUAUGAAAGGCAAGUAUGUUUGCUGCUCUUACAGCUGUGCUCUGGCCUUGAACACCUCAAACCCUAUCAUGUUACUCAUUGCGAUCUCCGCCUAGAGAACCUGUUACUUGUCCACUACCAGCUAGGGGGAACUGCCCAAGGUCUUGGGCCUGCAGAGCCCAGCUCCACCUCAUCUUGUCCCACAAGGCUUAUAGUGAGCAACUUCUCUCAGGCCAAGCAAAAGAGCCACCUGGUGGACCCUGAGAUCCUCCGGGACCAGUCCCGCCUUGCCCCAGAAAUCAUAACUGCUACCCAAUAUAAAAAGUGCGAUGAGUUCCAGACAGGCAUCCUCAUCUAUGAGAUGCUGCAUCUGCCCAACCCUUUUGAUGAGAACCCAGAGCUGAAGGAAAAGGAAUACUCGCGAGCAGACUUGCCACGCAUCCCACUCCGUUCCCCCUACUCCCAGGGCCUGCAGCAGCUGGCCAGUUGCCUCCUGAAUCCUAACCCUUCUGAGCGGAUCCUCAUUUCAGACGCCAAAGGCAUCCUCCAGUGUCUGCUUUGGGGCCCCCGGGAAGAUCUUUUCCAGAUUUUCGCAGCCUCCGCUAGCCUGGUGCAAAGGAACAGCCUGCUCCAAAACUGGUUAGACAUCAAGCGAACACUGCUGAUGAUCAAGUUUGCUGAAAAGUCCUUGGACAGGGAGGGCGGGGUGAGCCUUGAAGACUGGCUUUGUGCUCAGUAUUUGGCUUUUACCACCACAGACUCCCUCAGUUGUAUUGUGAAAAUCCUGCAACAUCGUUAAUGUAUUCUGGAUGCUGCUUUUACUACAUGUUCACCACCUUCUUGUCACCCAUGCACUUCCCCUUUCUAGGUGCAGAUUCAAGGAAAGAAGAAAGACAAACCUUCCGUCCCUGACCAUGAACAACAAGGUCCAUUAAGAAUGGUUAUUCACAGCUCCAAAUCAAGUGAGAAGCUGAGUCUGUCUUAAUUUUAUAGAAAUUAAACUGCACCAAUGUGCAGCUGCCAUCUCCUUAAAUACCUUCCAUCCUAAUAGUACCACAAAUACAGGUGAAAAAUGAGAAUGUACAUCUUUGAAGAUACAGCUCCUUUGGUAUGAACUCAGUAAGCCAGUGAGCUUUGUCUAGUUCCUCUGCAAUUCUGAUUAUCAGCACCAAGUCUUUAUUCUCUGUCUUUUCAGCACCAAGUAUUUAUUCUCACUAGCAAUAGACAGACUUAACCAAUUUCUGCCAUCAUCCAAUAAGCUCUCACACACUCUUCCUUUAAGGUAUCAAUAAACUGACUCUCUUAUCAGGCAGAACUGCCAUCCUUAGCAUAAGCCCAGUUUUGGUUACUGGGCCCUAUAUCCUUUGUUCCAGCAGGUAGUAGAAAGAAAAGGAGAGAUCCCAUCCCUUGCUCAUAGACCUGUCUUCAUUUCUGUUAUCUGUCAGUGUGUGCACGGCAUGGAAGACAGCCCUAAUAAUCUCCCUUCUGCUGCCACUGCCUGAUUCUCUUUUACCUCUACUCCGUCCUCACUUGCCAUUGAAGUUUGGAUUUAUCAGCCACUUGUGGCCCAUUACAGAGCUGACCCAAGGUGGUGUCACCAAUGCCUCAGCAGAGUGGAGUGCAGUUCAGAUCAUAUAAAUAGCUGACAGGACAUGAAGAGGUGAUUUUCUCACACGUGCAAUUCUCUAGGGACCAUCGGGGAACAGAGUUUAAAUUACCAUUCUUUGAUUAUUGUCAAAACUGUCAUUGGCAGCCAGGGCUGGCAGUGCCCAGAUUAUAGUUUUACCCUGAGCAGUAAUUGGCCAGCUCCCUCCUAUUAGUAGCCAGUGUUAACUAGUCUACCAAAUGGUGUAAACAACAGCCCUGGAUGAAAUAGCUGUCAGUUCAGCUCUAAGAUCUCCUUACAGAGCACAGCAGAGUGGACUGUUAGGAUGGCCAAUAAAGCAGGGGAGGGGAAGAGACUGCUGAUGUGACUGCUUACCGCCUCAGAAUGUUGACCUCUUCUGGAGUAACUGCCUCCAGUAGUGGCACAUUGCUCCUAUGACUUUCUAAAAUGGCUCUCGAGGACAGCUCAUGGGAAUUUUGUUUGCUUAAGGUGGGUAACUAAGAGCUGUUCACUGUGUGUGGAGCCUGUGCUCCUCUCCUAGGGAUAUAUGUGCAAUUUUUGUAUGUAUUUUUUUUUAGCUGUAUAUUACAGUGUUUGUGUUACAACUUCACCUGAAGCAAGAUCUAUAGAAACCCUCCCCUUCUUCCCUUGGCCACGUACUUGGGCUAAGAGAUGAGUGUUCCUCCCACUGGCAUUUGUGUGUAUAUGUGCUCAUGCUUAUUUUAUUCAAAACUGUGAGUCUCUAUUUACUUCAAUCUUGAAAUCCCAAGAGUCACUCAAACAGUGUGAAUGUGUGUACACUUGUGUCUCCAUGUGUGCGUGCACAUGCAUGCUGAAGUAGGGGCCGGGCCUCUGAGGGAACAACCUAUGGCAGGGUUGACAAUGUGUUCUCUGCACCUAGUCAGUGAGGGAGCCCUGGGGCCCUUCAUCUGCCAGCACAGAGUUUUCUGAAAGCCAAGACUGAUUGUGCAGUAUUACUUAGAUAGCACAUUAGUGGCCUUGGAAAUUUUUUAACUUUUAACAUUUUUACCAGCCUUUCAUGUGAUUCACCUAUAUCAAAGAAGAUCAAGAAAGGCGAAGAAUGUAUUUUAUUGUGUUCUUAUUAUUUUUUUUAAGAGAAUGGGAUAUGGGAGGCUAUGCAUGGGAGAUAUCCUCAUCUCCCUAGAGCAGUAUAGAACUCCCAGGAAAAGGGGCAGGUUGGCCCACAAGGAGUCUUGCCUCCUCUAACCAGCGUACAGGGCUCUGCCCUUGGGAAUGGCCAUGAAGUGGGCAUGCUGCUGCCAGAUAGCAGUCUACUUUUUGGUGUCCUGUGGCAUGGCUGCCCCUCACCUGGCAAGUUGGUGUUUGCUUCAUCAUAGCAUAACCAAUGUGCACAUAUUCCUUGCCUGAUUAUGCACUGAAGUGGCAGCACGCAGACCACUGACCAUGUCAGCCAGCAUGAUACUUAAAUUCCUCCCUUAAACUAAUGGUUUGCAUAUUGAGACAUACCUUCUCAAGGCCACUCUUGUGGUGCCUUGCCCAUGUAAAUUUGAAUGUUGACUAAAUUUAACGAGGGUACAUAUUCGAUGCAAAAUGUCCCUUGGUUUUUCUCUUUGUUACAUCUCUAGGUAUCUUUCCCUUUACUCUGUUCUAUUAUGACUUGGAUCCAGUCUCCAUUUAACUCUAUGAUAAGCAUGGACACCUCCACUACCACUGUCUUAUAGCACUGGUAAACCAAGCACCUCUUCACAUUGGAUGUGUUUAGUACUGUUUUUAUAUUCUAAGAUGUUAAGGGCAAAAGAUGAAUGCCAACUAGUCGGAGAAGGUCCUCAAGCUUCCCAGAGACAGGUGGCUAAAUUUUUCUCUGGGUGAUGGCCAAAGAAUGUGAGGUGGGGAGGAAAGAGGGUAUUAAAGGUUAGAGCAGAAUAGAGAAAUGUUUUUCUAGGCAAGAAGGACUAUAUCAAAUGGUCCUCAGAAUAUUUUUCCAUAAUAAUGAAAUUCAGUCAAACAUUACCACAAAUAUUUUACAUUUUUAUUUUAUUUAUAGUAGGAACUUUGAAUUUAUUCAUCAACUGGAAAGAACUCCUACCCUCUGUAGACACGGAUACAUACACCCACAUACACCCAUUUUGUGUGUGUGUGUGUGUAUAUAUAUAUAUGAGUUUUGAUUGUGACUAGUAUAGCACUUUAAUUUUCUCGAGUAACAGCAACUUAUUGCCUUCAAUAUUGAUUGGAAUUUUUUUCUUUUCUAUUGAAGUUUUUAUUAUAGAUUCUUGCAUGUAUAUUGAGAAUCUGAACAAUUAAGCUCCUACUGGAACUUUUCCUUAAGCCACCUGAGCAAUCUCUUUGACAUUUUGAGUACUGAAGAAACAAGACUGUGGCUAGAGUACCCAAGAGCAAAACUGAAUGUGUAGCAGAGUGCCUUGUCAGAAUGGUGACCCAGUCUUGGAAAGAAGAGAGUCAGUGGAGAUUCUACAAAGAGGACUAGGACUUCAGGAAGCCCCCCUUGCUGGCUGAGGAAAGCCCUUUUAGCAUAUGUACCCUAAUGUGAUGCUCAGAAGCAAAUUCAUGAAAAUAACAAUAGGGUGAGAAAAAGAACAACUGUAACCUGUGGAACAGCCACAUAACAUGAAUGAGAUCCACCAACCCCUAGGCUAAGUUAGAAUUAGAAGUCAGGAAUAUGGCAAAGAGUUUCAAGAUUUGCCCUUAGAUGAACUGGGUGAGGUCUUAGCGGGGCUGAGAGAGACACAAGCACCCUCCUACUCAUGUAAAUGGCUAAAAGUAAAAUGUUCAGAUGUUAACAGUUGAAGUGGCCACCCAUUGUCAAAUAAAAUGAGGUCCAAUUUUGCUUCCAAACUCAGAAUAAAACUUGUGAACAUGGAAAACUUUAAGAGUUUUAAACCUCUAGAAAUAUUGACAUUUCUAGGAGUAUAACUACUUAAAAUUACAUUUUAAAAUUUCUAGUAUUAUAAAAUUUGCAUGAAAGAUCUUUGGGGUCUACUAAAUAGUAGGGCAUAGGAAGAUUGCACCCAAUUUCUCAAAUUUGAGUUAUGAAUAAUUUUGUGCUGAGAAGUAACCUGAUACUUAGUUUACUGGUAACUUGCAGUUAGGAUUUUUCUCUAGGUUUUACCAGCAGUGGUCUGAAAAACUAGUCCCAAAAAUAGGGAUAGCUUCAGGAUUCUGCAUUAUAUUUCAAGUGACACUAGAUGUGUAAAUUAAGGAACUUGACUCCCUGGGCCUACUCUGGCGUGCUUUUCAUUCCCCUCACUAGUCAUAAAGAUUAAAAAUUCUGCCAGCCUAAUGAGAGAACAGGAUGGCUACCCAUGAAACCAGGGUAUUAGUUUUACCUCAUUGAUGAAGCUCACAUUCUCAAAGGCCCAAAGUGCUGUGCCGAGGCAAAUCCAAAUGCUGCUCUUGCUAAAGUUUGUGAUGAAGUCCAGCUGUCCAGGCUUAACAGCAGCACCAAAAGGGAAGAUUCUAUGGACCAAAAGUGAUGCCAUAAAGGAAGCCAGAAGACCUGAAUGCAAGAUCCUAGGACAUUAUACCAAAGAAAUCAAGCCUUUUUAUCCCUAUGCUUCUAAGAUGGCAAAGGUGAGUCAUGACAGAUACUAUGGGAAGGAAAUUCACAUACAUUCCAUUUCAAGGUAUUUGGCUAAUAAAUCCCAUCUCAAAAAGCACCUGUUUGUUUUUUUCUUAAGAAGUCCAUUUUGUAUAUUAGAAGAAAAAAAGAAGAUGGUAAUGAUGAUGAAAGCCCUGGACAGAUACAAAGCUUCCCAAUAUUUAAGGAGAAGAAACUCUUCUGUCUCCCCUUGACAUGACUGUGGCUGUUGCUCAAACCUCAGCUUGGGAACACCAUAUCCAUAUGAUAAUGAAAGCAGGGGAUUUUUAAAAAGAGAUAAGGUAGUUUUAAUAGGUUUGUUUAAAGAAUUCUUGGGAAAUUUCUUAACAAAUUGCACUUGUUCUAUAAACCUUCCUACAGAGUUGUUUACCAUUCUUCAGCAUCAUCAUCACUUAAUAUUUGGAAGUGCCCAGAAUAUGUAAGGUGCUAUACAGCUGUUAAAACACUCCACACAGCUGUUUAAAAUUAUAAUAGGUUUUUGCAUAAGCCACUGCUGGAAGCUUUCCCCACCCAUAUAGGCUGCAGGGGCCUGCAUUCUGAACGUCCCAUUACACGUUUCCACUCCAGUGAGCCUCUGACUUUAGCCCAGCAGCUCAUCUCCAUCCCAUUUUUUUUUUAAUCAAGAAUGUUUUCAGGGAAUCAAAAGAGGUUGGAAAUUUUUUAACCUAGCAGAAGUACAGAGUCAUAUAUUUUGCUAUGAAUAUUAUUAUAGUAUAGAAAAUCCACUUUGCCUAUUAGCAUGUGGAUAGGAUGUGUGUGUCUGCACUCACAGCUUAAAUGUUCAACCAGCCCUAUGGCCUUAGGGUAGCAUUUUUGAAAGGUUAAACUACACUGCUUCAAAACUGACUCCAAGCACUACUUAGUUUUCCCUUUCCUUACCAGUUUUUAAAGAGUGUUGUAGGUGAAUACACUAGGUUGAGGUCCUCUAUUUUGUAGUGAGAUCAAGGCAAAAGCAAGGUGUCAUCCUACUCAGUGAUUUGAAUUGUUAACAGUCGUCAUUCCAAUCUCUCCUUAAUCCUCCUUGGGUGUACCCACACUCUCUGUAUUUGAAAAUCUUGUUUUUCUUGCUUUUCAGUAGCAUCACUUCUCUACUUACAUAUUAUAAAGUAUAUAUAAAUCUUAUCAAUGAAAGAUCCCUUCUGUCACCAGUGGCACCACCCUAUGGUUUGCUGUGGUACUUUGCUGUGUAUUCUGUGGCAUCAUUUACUGUGUAAAUAAAUUCAUUUUAAUAUAUACUAAA